AUGCAUCAAUCAAUGUCACUGGUUGUUGUUAUAUUGGCUUUGUAUGGUACUACGAUGGCGACAAAUUUGCUUGAAGGUCGUGGUUUGAUGAAUGUAUGCUAUGAUGAGUAUGGUUGCUUCACAUCAGGUCCUCCAUUCGGUUUGACACUUUACCGACCAUUUACUCUUUUACCUGAUCCGCCUGAGGUGAUCGACACUCGCUUUUUGCUCUAUACAAGACAAUUUCCGGACAAAGGUCAAGUGAUCAGUCGUCACACAACACUUGACACAUGGGAUCAUACUAAAGCAACAAAAAUUUUGGUACACGGAUUUCUUGAUUCCAUCAACAGUACCUGGUGGUCAGAAAUGAAAGAUGCCUUUCUCCAGGCUGAGGACUGCAAUGUCAUUCUAACUGAUUGGAGUCGGGCGAAUUACUUUCCGUAUACGAAGGCAACAGCUAAUGCUCAGGUGGUUGGUGCAGACAUUGCUCUUCUAGUGAAUGAGAUGAUCAAAGCGCACGGAGCUAAUCCGGCUGACUUUCAUAUCGUCGCUCAUAGUUUGGGAGCUGCUGUCGCAGGUUACGCUGGACACCGUAUCAGUGGACUUGGACGUAUCACAGGUCUUGAUCCAGCCGGUCCCUUUUUUGAAAACACCGAUCCAAUCGUGCGUCUUGAUUCAAGUGAUGCAAAAUUUGUUGACAUUAUUCAUACAGAUGGGUCGUCCAUGCUUCUUCUUGGCUUCGGCACUCUCACACAAGUGGGUCAUGUCGAUUUUUACCCGAACGGAGGCGUGAAUCAGCCCUCGUGUGAUAAAACGUCAGGCAAAUUCAUUCAUACCAUUCUCAAUUUGGGUCCACUUGACAUUCUCCGUCCUAUAAAUAUUCAAGGUUUAUUUGCCACAACACUGUGCAGUCACUUUGCUGCCGUUCAUCUAUUCACCAAUUCGAUUCUCGAUCGGUGUAUCUAUCGAGGAUUUUCAUGCGAAAGUGACGAAAUCUUUCGGAAAGGAGAAUGUAUACUGAAUGCUAACGAAGGAAAUUUCAUGGGUUAUCAUGCAUCUCCAAAUAAAGCACUUGGACGACUCUAUCUCGAUACCCAAAUGGCGAACAAAGUUCCGUAUUGUAUUAAUCAUUAUCAGAUUAGGUUGAUAUCUGGUUCAAAUUUUGCGCAAACAAAAGCCCAAAUUGGUCUAACACUCACCGGUAGUCAAGCUACACAAAGUGUUCUCUUUGAUUCUGAGGAGCCAUUGUUGAAGCAAAACAGUAUUGAAACUCGUUAUAUUCCACUUAAAACUGAUUUGGGUAUGAUUCAACGUGUCAACAUUGAGUUCAAACGUACAGGUCAUUUGAUUUCCUCACUGCUCUAUUCGAACAAAUGGGCAUUCACACAUGUGAUUGUUAUUGAUGGUGAUCGGCAGACCAAUGCAACAUUCUGUGCUGAGAACAACACAACGGUACUUGAAUCUGGCAGUACCGCAAUAUUUUCUCCAUGUUAA